GAAUUUGCAUUUAUUUUGCUGUUUGUUCCUUCUGCACUCACUUCUGCGAUUCUAAUUCCAUGGCUUCCCCUCUCGGCGCCAACUUCAACCUUCUCUCUCCUCAACAGCAAGAGUUGGUGAAGAUGCUGUUGGAUAACGGCCAGGAACAUUUGUUUCACGAUUGGCCGGCUCCUGGUGUCGACGACGACCGGAAGAAAGCAUUCUUCGACCAGCUGAUUCGACUCGAUUCGAGCUACCCUGGUGGUUUGGGAGCCUACAUCAAAAACGCUAAACGACUCUUGGCUGAUUCUAAAGCUGGGAAAAAUCCUUUCGAUGGCUUCACACCUUCCGUUCCAACGGGUGAGACUUUGACGUUUGGUGAUGAGAAUUUCAUCAAAUAUGAGGAGGCGGGUGUUCGUGAAGCUCGGAAAGCAGCAUUUGUUCUUGUUGCUGGUGGUCUUGGCGAGCGUUUAGGAUACAGUGGGAUUAAGGUUGCUCUUCCUGCGGAAACCACUACUGGAACAUGUUUCUUACAGCAUUACGUUGAAUCUAUACUUGCUCUUCAAAAAGCCAGCACACAAGGUGAAUCCCAGACUCAGAUUCCUUUUGUUAUUAUGACAUCUGAUGACACUCAUGGGCGUACCUUAGAGCUAUUAGAAUCAAAUUCUUACUUCGGUAUGCAACCCAAACAAGUAACACUUUUAAAGCAGGAAAAAGUUGCAUGUUUAGAAGAUAAUGAUGCCAGGCUUGCAUUGGAUCCGCAAAACAGAUAUAAAAUUCAGACAAAACCUCAUGGACAUGGUGAUGUGCAUUCCCUUCUUUAUUCCAGUGGCAUUCUGAAAGUGUGGCAUGAUGCUGGGUUGAAAUGGGUUCUCUUUUUUCAAGAUACAAAUGGACUUCUCUUUAAGGCAAUUCCAUCAGCACUGGGUGUCAGUGCUACCAACCAGUACCAUGUUAACUCUCUUGCAGUACCUCGAAAAGCAAAAGAAGCUAUUGGUGGAAUUACCAGACUCACCCACUCUGAUGGGAGGUCUAUGGUGAUAAAUGUGGAAUACAAUCAGCUAGACCCCCUUCUGAGAGCAAGUGGAUACCCUGAUGGUGAUGAAAAUUGUGAGACUGGCUACUCCCCUUUUCCAGGAAAUAUAAACCAAUUGAUUUUAGAACUUGGUCCAUACAUUGAAGAGCUCUCAAAAACAGGAGGUGCCAUACAGGAGUUUGUUAACCCAAAAUAUAAAGAUGCCAGCAAAACAGCAUUCAAGUCCUCAACUCGACUUGAAUGUAUGAUGCAAGACUAUCCAAAAACAUUGCCCCCAUCUGCUAGGGUUGGGUUCACGGUGAUGGAAACGUGGCUUGCUUAUGCACCUGUGAAAAAUAAUGCUGAGGAUGCUGCUAAGGUGCCAAAAGGAAAUCCAUACCAUAGUGCAACCUCUGGAGAAAUGGCCAUCUAUCGUGCAAAUAGCAUUAUUCUCAAAAAGGCUGGUGUGCAGGUUGCAGAUCCAGUAUUGCAGGUCUUCAAUGGGCAAGAAGUUGAAGUUUGGCCCCGUGUCACAUGGAAACCCAAAUGGGGUCUCACUUUUUCUCUGAUCAAGGGCAAAGUCAGUGGAAAUUGCUCCAUUUCCCAGAGGUCUAUUCUGGCCAUUAAGGGUCAAAAAAUUUUUAUUGAAAAUCUGUCCUUAGAUGGGGCUCUUAUCAUUGAUGCUGUGGAUGAUGCAGAGGUAAAUGCUAGUGGUUCAGUUCAAAAUAAGGGUUGGAGCAUUGAAACUGUUGACCACAAAGAUGCCUCAGAACCUGAGGUAUCGAGAAUCAGGGGCUUCAAAUUUAACAAAGUUGAGCAGCUGGAAACGAAAUACUCUGAGCCUGGCAAAUUUCACUUGAAGGCUUGAACAUGCAUCUGUUGGAAGAGAAGUUUUAGCUUCUAAAUUCAUUAUUCUUUGUCACUUUUGUAACGUAUCUUUAUACUUUCAUGUUAUAAGCCGUAAGAAGUUUUGCAGAGUUUCUCGCACUCCACCUCCAGUUCCUCUUAGGUGUUUGAUGGGUAUAAGUGGUUAUGUAUUAUUUUGUUCAUAAGUUUUGCCCCCAUUUCGACUAGGAAUAUUAUUUUUGCAUCCCUAGUGUUCAAGGUGUAUAGAACCUGAGCCCAUUUGUAUUGGUAUGGUACAAUUUUUAGCGGAUUCAUUGUGUGUGCAUAUGAACGAAGGUAAGACUUGCAUUUAGUAGUGUGGAAAUAAGUUGGACGAAUGUAAAGGUCAUUUUUUAAUUGCUUUACCCAUCUUAUAUACUGGAUCUGAAUCUUUGUUUCCUUUUUUUUUUAUUAAUACCUAAUGUUCAUUUGUAUUUGUC